GUGUGUAAGAGCUUUAACCACACCACUCUGAAAUAUUCCUUGCCUAAUCCACAUGCUGUUCCUUAUUAGCUCACAGACGCCAAGAUUACUCACACAAGCGCACAGCUGAUUGCUGCUUCUGGAGCUGGACUGAUAAACUUUUUUCAUGCACACUCCAGCCUCUAUCUGUGCUCCAGCUGCUGUUUUCUGUGGGCUAAAGCGUGCAAGUGUACAUAUCACGCUGCACACAGACUGCAGUUGCAUGUCAGGAAGAGAAUAAGACGGCAACGAAAGGGGGAGGGUGGAAUGUGUGUGUGCAUAUGCAAUGUCAGAGGUGUCGCCUCCUCUUUUAGCAGCUUUUCAGUAGAUGCACACAAGCGUGCAGCUGCACAGUUAUGACAAGCAGUUACUGUACACACAACAAGCUAACUAACAUUUACUAUACACGCUGCAAAAAGUACGCUGCACUCUUCUGCAGAACAGGACAGGCAGGAGCAGGUGGGCGGGCGUUUGACUCUGCACACUUCCUCUCCCCUUUCACUGUUUCCAGCCAGCCAAUCAGAACCUUCACCAGCUGAUUCCCCCGUUUGCUCUAGCCAAUCACAUAGCAACGUCCAACCCCCCUCUCCCUUUCUUUCCUCUGUAUGCCUUCACUGCUGAGUGAGCAAAGCAUGCCCCGCUCUAUCAGCUGAGAGGAAAGCAACAGCAAGAAAACACAGGUGAAGGAAGCAGCCAGAGAGAGAGAGGUUAGCCUGACCCAGAGGAGGACACGAGUGUCAUCUACCCAGGCAACGACACCGAGGAAGGAAGGAGAGACACAGUAAGAUCAGCCUCAUCUUUCUGACUGGGGAGGAAUGACCCAGUCAUGAUGUCACAGCCAUGCCCCGCCUCAUACCCAGGUGACCAAGGAGGGAGUACCUGGCUGUCAGCCAAUCUGAGAGGGAGCUGCAACAGAAUUGGUAGUAACCUGGACUCAGAGACAUUUUGUCUUAAGAGCCUCCUGCGCUGUUGACGCUCCUCCCCUGCUGGUCAGCUAACUUCAUGGAAGAGGACAAAUUCAAUCAGUGAAUCAUUUUUGACGCAACUUUCAGAUGUUGUGCCGGAGUCAGGUUGUCCACGCAGGAGGAAUAAUGCAAGGAACGGGUGGCACAAAGAUGUUGUGUGGCUCAGAUUCUUGAUUCACGCACUUUGAUGAUAUCACAGUGGAAACCGUAGGAGGGAAAUCUAGAUCUACCUUCUGGUAUUUGUGAACACCUUCUUGACUGCGUUGCAACAAAAGUAAUUUGAGACGCUCUUCUGGCAGCAGUGACAUCAUGCGGCACAUUCACGUGGAAUUAGCCCAUAAAAAGGCUUCAGUAGAGCUUCCGGCACAGGAAGGGGACCUGCCUCCGUCUGCAUCCCCAUCAGAUGGACUAGAUCCUGGAGUCAGAGCAGGAGCACCUAGGCGCUUGGACCAGGAGGAGUUAAGGCUUCAAAAGGUCUAUCAGCUCUCCAUUUUCUCACAGAUGGGGGGAUUUUCUACCUCCACGGGAUCCCUCACUGAAGGCCAACCAAGACCAGGCCGGUUGGGUGUGAAAAGGGGGUUAGAAGAGCCCCAGUUGACUCAUAAGCGUUCCCACCUGGAUGACAAAUCAGACAGCGACGUGUUGGAGGGAGGGGUGCUGUGUGGGUCGGCCCCAGCUCAAGGUGUCGGGGUUGGGUCCGUGACUGGGCCCGUGUGGUCUGGUUCUCCAUACCCUUACACUCCGGUGGAGCACAGAGACUCUGAUGGCGGUCUGUCACCCAGGUCUCCACCUCUGUCCCCAAAUCACAACCCCUCCCGUCGCCCAGCUCAGCACAAUCAUGACAGGCCCAUCCCUGAUGCGUUUGCUCCUCUCUCACCUAAAUCACCCCCCAUCUGUGACCUGGGCUACUCCAACGGAGGCUUGGCAAGGACAGAUACAGCUAACGGGGUUCGCAAUCCUACCCACUCACUGGGAAGCCCUGGACAUGACAGCUGUAGUAAUGGCUCCUCUGGAGGACAGCUCAGUCCCCACUUAUAUGAAAUGUCCUCAUAUGAAACUCCAAAUCCAGCCAGCCCCACCAGUCCCCCCGGACCCUUCUCUCCUCCACAUCACACAGAAAUGCAGGAGCCUGGGGAAGCAACCGAAUGGGACGUUGGACUCGAAUCCUCUCCACCUGAGCGAAGUGCUACCCAAGCUGCCUCCUCUUCUGGCGGUCUGGCUUCCUGGGAGAAAACCCCCAGUAGUAAUGGCCAUCGUCUGCACUCUGGAGGUCACUGGCCGGCCAAAAAGAGGUUGUUGUCGCCGAGCGAUGCAUCGGAGUCAUGCUCAGAAGACGAGGGUCCCUCCACGUCCAAAAGAAGCAGGUUGUCUUUGCUAACUUCAGGGUUAGGCCCAGCUUCAUGUCGAAGCACUGAUGCUAAAGCCGCACCAUACUGGACCCACCUGCUGCCCACAGCACGGGACGGGCCUAAGACUGCCGUAGAUUGCACACGACCAGGAAGACGACUGAAGAAUGGGUUGAGAUUAAAAAGUCGGCAGCUGCGCAGCGGCAGGCAGACCGACACCGGCCGUGCGACACGCUCAAGCUGGCCUUCCUCCUCCAUCAGCAGAUCUCUACUCGGCAAUUUUGAGGAAUCCAUACUUAAGGGCCGAUUCUCCCCAUCAGGGCAGAUCGAAGGCUUCACAGCAGAGAUCGGCGCCAGCGGCUCGUACUGCCCGCAGCACGUCACCCUACCGGUGCAGGUUACGUACUACGACAUCUCCGAACACAGCGCCCCUUCACCCUUCCUGGGUGUCGUCUCUCUUGAGCCUCUAGGAAAGAAAGGAUACAGCAUACCCAAAGCAGGGACCAUACAAGUGACCUUAUUUAAUCCCAACAAAACUGUGGUGAAGAUGUUUCUGGCGACGUACAAUUUUGGAGAUAUGCCUGUCAAUCACAUGACCUUCCUGCGCCACCGGAUCUUCCUGGUGCCGGUGGAGGAGGCCGCUGAGGGGAAAGGCGAGGCGUCUCCCGGGGGGACACCGCUCUACAGGAAGAAGGUUCUCUGCUACUUGAUACAUCUCAGAUUCCAGAGCUCCAAAUCUGGGAAGAUUUACUUGCACAACGAUAUCCGGCUGCUAUUUUCCCGUAAAUCCAUUGAAGUGGAUACAGGGAUUCCGUAUGAGCUGAAAUCUUUCACCGAGGUGCCAAGAAACCCCAAAUACUCCCCUCGUAUGUGACCCCUUUGCCUGAUCUUUUGAAGCUGCCCAGUAAAAAUGCAGCUCCUUCGUUGCUUCGAGAGGUAGAGGAAGGAGAAACAAAUAAACAGACUGCAGGAAUAACG